UUCCCCUUCUCCCUUUUCAAUACCCCUACUCUCUCCCUCUCCUGCUUCCCAGGAGAUCUCGCCUGCUUCCGUCAGCCAUUGCCGCCGGGAAAUCUUCCCCAAUUUCCAUCACUCUGACUAUCCUAUAACCAGAAUAUAAUUGAGUUAAACAGUAAAGAUGAAUAUAGAUUGUCAAGGUAGUAAGGAGUUUGGACUAAAGAGUGUAAAUUCCCAAUGCUCCAUCUCGGAAGCUGAUGACUAUGAUCUCUCAAAGCUUCUUGAUCGGCCAAGACUGAACAUAGAGAGGAAGAGGUCGUUUGAUGAAAGAUCUCUAAGUGAGCUGUCCAUUGCCCUAGCUAGAGGUUUGGAUAAUUAUGAACCUGCAUACUCACCUGGACGCUCAGUGCUAGACACACCAAAUUCAUGGAGCCGUAACUCUUUUGAGCCUCAUCCUAUAGUUGCUGAGGCUUGGGAUUCUCUUCGGCGGUCAAUUGUUCAUUUUAGAGGCCAACCUGUUGGGACAAUUGCUGCUGUUGACCAUGCCUCAGAAGAGGUCCUAAAUUAUGAUCAGGUUUUCGUUCGAGAUUUUGUGCCUAGUGCUCUGGCCUUCUUAAUGAAUGGUGAACCGGAUAUUGUUAAGAAUUUCCUGCUGAAGACACUUCAACUUCAAGGAUCAGAGAAAAGAGUCGAUAGGUUCAAGCUUGGGGAAGGGGUUAUGCCCGCUAGUUUUAAAGUCCGUCAUGAUCCAGUUCGUAAGACGGAUACUGUAACAGCAGAUUUUGGAGAGAGCGCAAUUGGAAGAGUUGCUCCAGUUGACUCUGGGUUUUGGUGGAUUAUUCUUCUCCGUGCAUAUACAAAAUCUACCGGAGAUCUUACUCUUUCUGAGAUGCCAGAGUGCCAAAAAGGGAUGAGGCUUAUAUUGACGUUAUGUUUGUCAGAGGGAUUUGAUACCUUUCCAACCUUGCUAUGCGCUGAUGGAUGCUCAAUGGUUGAUAGAAGAAUGGGAAUCUAUGGUUAUCCUAUUGAAAUUCAAGCUCUGUUUUUUAUGGCACUGAGGUGUGCGUUGGGGAUGUUAAAGCAAGAUGCUGAAGGAAAAGAGUGUAUUGAGAGAAUAGUAAAGCGUCUUCAUGCUUUGAGUUACCACAUGAGAAGUUACUUCUGGCUUGACUUCCAACAACUAAAUGACAUUUAUCGUUAUAAAACCGAAGAAUAUUCCCAUACCGCAGUAAAUAAGUUUAACGUGAUUCCCGAUUCAAUCCCAGAUUGGGUAUUUGAUUUUAUGCCUACACGCGGUGGCUAUUUUGUAGGCAAUGUAAGCCCUGCAAUGAUGGAUUUUAGGUGGUUUGCUUUGGGUAAUUGUGUAGCCAUUUUGUCUUCUCUUGCCACUCCGGAGCAAGCUUCUGCAGUUAUGGAUCUCAUUGAAGCACGUUGGGAGGAGCUGGUUGGAGAGAUGCCUUUAAAAAUAACUUAUCCUGCCCUGGAAAAUCAUGAAUGGAGAAUCGUUACUGGCUGUGAUCCCAAAAACACAAGAUGGAGCUAUCACAACGGAGGGUCUUGGCCAGUGCUGUUGUGGUUGCUAACGGCUGCAUGCAUCAAGACCGGGAGGCCACAAAUUGCAAGACGGGCUAUUGAUCUUGCUGAAAGCCGGCUGCUGAAAGAUGGGUGGCCGGAAUACUAUGACGGGAAACUCGGGAGAUACAUUGGCAAGCAAGCGAGGAAGUACCAGACAUGGUCUAUUGGCGGAUAUCUGGUUGCGAAAAUGAUGCUGGAAGAUCCUUCGCACUUGGGGAUGAUCUCAUUGGAAGAGGACAAACAAAUGAAGCCUGUCAUCAAGAGAUCAUCUUCAUGGACUUGCUGAUGAUGAUGCAUUAUCCUCCUCCAUGCUGAGAAGAAUUGAUAAGGAAAUGUUAAAGCUGAUUCAUUAUAUCUCUCUCUCUCUCUCUCACUCAUUCACCCACUCUCUUUCUCUCUCUCUCUCUCUCUGGCUUAGCUACAAAGACAUUUUGCUCAUUAUUUCUGUUCGAGCAUUAAUUUGUGGUGUAGAUUUAUUGCUGAUGAUGCCUAAUGUAUGGAAUUUCACAAUUUCAAAGGAAGCUCAGAAAUUCAGGAAUAAAAAAAGUGAGAAUAGAUGAACAUGUUAAGG